GAGAGAGAGAGAGGAAUGACGUCUGUGGAUGAGAAAGUAGCGUUGGAGAUGCCAUUCUCCAUCCCCACCUCCAAAAACUGAUCCAAUUCCUCCUGUCCGUUUAUUAUAUUACUUCCUUCACCUCCGCUACCCCUGCCUUCAGUUCGCGUGCUCACCCUGUCAUCACUCGGGCUGAGCUCCUAGGUUGGGUUUUGGGAGGAGUUUGUGAAGAGAAUCUGCAGAGAUGGAGAUCACCAAUGUUUCGGAGUACGAGGAGAUCGCGAAGAAGAAGCUGCCGAAGAUGGUGUAUGACUACUACGCAUCAGGUGCAGAGGACCAGUGGAGCCUCAGGGAGAACAGAGAGGCUUUCUCAAGGAUUCUGUUUCGUCCCCGUAUACUGAUUGAUGUGUCGAGGAUUGAUAUGACCACAACUGUUCUGGGUUUCAACUUAUCUAUGCCCAUCAUGAUUGCUCCAACUGCCAUGCAAAAAAUGGCUCACCCUGAAGGAGAGUAUGCAACUGCAAGGGCCGCAUCAGCAGCUGGAACGAUCAUGACUUUGUCUUCAUGGGCUACUUCUAGUGUUGAAGAGGUUGCCUCCACUGGUCCAGGCAUCCGCUUUUUCCAGCUUUACGUUUAUAAGGACAGGAAUGUAGUAGCUCAGCUUGUCAGAAGAGCUGAGAGGGCUGGCUUCAAGGCAAUCGCUCUCACAGUGGAUACUCCCAGGCUCGGUCGUAGGGAGGCAGACAUUAAGAACAGAUUUACAUUGCCUCCGUUUCUAACCCUGAAGAACUUUGAAGGCUUGAACCUUGGGAAGAUGGACAAGGCUGAUGACUCUGGUCUGGCAUCAUAUGUUGCUGGUCAAAUUGACAGGUCUCUGAGCUGGAAGGAUGUCAAGUGGCUGCAGACAAUUACAACCAUGCCGAUUCUGGUGAAGGGAGUAAUGACUGCGGAAGACACAAGGUUGGCCAUACAGGCCGGAGCAGCUGGUAUAAUAGUGUCUAACCAUGGAGCUCGUCAGCUGGAUUAUGUUCCUGCAACUAUUAGUGCACUUGAAGAGGUUGUCAAAGCUGCACAGGGCCGCGUCCCUGUUUUUCUUGAUGGCGGUGUUCGUAGGGGCACUGAUGUCUUCAAAGCAUUGGCCUUGGGAGCGUCUGGCAUAUUUGUGAGUAAAGUUGGAAUUUGCCUUACAGAAAUACCGAACAUGUUACAUAGUGUGUUUGAUUAGAAGUAGUUUUAGCUG